AUGGUUUCGCCUACGUCAGCAGGAAAAGUCUGGUUCAUUACCGGAUCCUCUUCAGGCUUCGGACGCGUACUGACCGAAGAAGUGCUCAAGCACGGGGACCGCGUAGUAGCCACUUUGCGAAAGCCGGCCGACCUCGAUGACCUUCGGGGGAAUUAUCCAAGCACCCAACUUCUGGUGCUAAAGGUGGACGUUACGAAUAAGCAGGACAUCCAAGACGCCUUCAACGCUGCAAAAAAUGCAUUCCACCAAGUAGAUAUCAUCUUCAAUAACGCGGGGUACGGUAUCUUGGGAGAAAUCGAAGGGACCCCCGAGGAGACAGCUCGGGCCAUGUUUGACGUGAAUUUCUGGGGAGCAGCGAACGUUACAAUCGAAGGAGUGAAAUUCAUGCGCGACGUGAAUAAACCUGCUGGAGGAAGAAUCUUGCAGGUGACGUCGACGUCGGGCAUCGAGGCUCUAGCGGGAGUCGGCUACUACGGCGCAAGGUGCCACGCUUUAGAAGGUUUGUCCGACGCACUUGCAAAAGAGCUGAAUCCAGCUUGGAAUAUCAAGAUAACUAUAAUUGAGCCCGGAGGCUUCGAAACCAGAGCGUCCAAGGCGGGCAGUCUCGUUGUAGUGCCACAACACCCCGCAUACACUUUCGAAGGCAGCCCAUCUGUAGCGCUUCGUGGCUGGCUGGAGGGCAGAGCGAGGGGCGACCCACGUAAAGCUGCUAAGGUAAUAUACGACUUUGCUGGUAGGGAGAACGACGACGACGAGCCUCGACGAUUGCCUCUUGGGAAGGAUGCAGUAGAUUUUCUCAGGGGGAAAUCGGUCAGUCUGGCCAGCGACGUUGACAAGACAGAGAAGUGGUCAGAGGAUCUCGAGCUAGAUCCAGAGACAUAG